GGGAGGGGCAACGGUUUGUGGUGGAAGAGCUGCGUGGAGCUGUCAGUCGAAGCUUGCGUGCUGAACUCAACCUGGAGCUCGUUGGAGGACUUUGCCCCAGAUGUGAGCGGUGUGAGGACGAUGGUCUUUGCCGAGCGAAGGGAUAGGGUUCAAGACCAAGGCCUGUGAAUUGAGACCGUUGGGCUGUGGGCUCUUAAAGGCUGUCCAGGCUCCGGACUGCAUUGCCCAAUGUCUACCGUACCCGAGGCAACGUUCUGUCCGCGCACCGGCUCUUUCAGGACCGUAGGAGGGAUCGCGCGCGCGUCCCCGAGGAACAUCCGCAGCUUGAGGGAACUGCAGAGUCAGAUAUGAAAUCCAAUUGUCAGACCAAGAAGUUGUCACCAAAAAAUGGCAUUUUUGACAGAGGAUUACCUCAGCAGGAAAUAAUGGAAAUUUGUGAAAAACACAGCCUUGAAUGUUUAUGUUUUAGAGGUGAUUGGGAAAGCAAAGAUCAGUUUGAAACAUAACAGGAAAAUCAGGAAGAAUGUUCUAAGCAGGUUAUACGCACCUGUGAAAAAAUCCCCACUUUUAACCAGCACAUGGCUUCUAAUGUGCAUCAGAGACUUAAUACAAGAAAGAAACUGAAUAAACUUAAAGAGUGUACAAAAGCCUUUUGUUCUGGCUCAGGCUGUAUUCAACAUCAUUUAAUUCACACUGGUGAAAAAUUUUGUAAAGAUAAAGAAUGUGAGAAGAACUUUGUUCCAGAUUCAGAACUUACUCAACGUCAGACAACUCUCUCUGCUAAGAAAACAUAUGAAUGUAAAGAAUGUGGGAAGGCUUUUAGUUUGCGUUCAAGUUUUACUGGUCAUAGAAGAAUUCACAGUGGUGAAAAACCUUUUAAAUGUAAGGAAUGUGGGAAGGCCUUUAGGUUUCAUUCACAACUUAGUGUCUAUAAAUGUAUUCAUACUGGUGAGAAAUCUUAUGAAUAUAGGGAAUGUGGGAAGGCCUUUAGUUGUGGUUCAGACCCUACUCGACAUCAGAGAAUUCAUACUGGCGAAAAACCCUAUGAGUGUAAUGAAUGUAGGAAGGCCUUUAGUCAGCGAUCACAUCUUACUAAACAUCAGAGAAUUCACACUGGUGGAAAACCUUAUGAAUGUAAGGAGUGUGGGAAAGCUUUUACUGGUGGCUCACACCUAACUCAGCAUCAGAGAAUGCAUACUGGUGAGAAAUCUCAUGAAUGUAAAGAAUGUGGAAAAGCCAUUAUUCGUGGUUCAAAUCUUGCUCAACAUCAGAAUGUCCAUCCAUGUUGGUGGAAAACCCUAUGAAUGUGAGAAAUGUGGGAAAGCAUAUAUCUGGAGUUCUCACCUUGCCUGACAUCAACGAAUUCAUUCUGGUAGGAAACCUUAUGAAUGUAAACAAUGUGGGAAGACUUUUAUUUGGGCCUCAUACCUUGCUCAACAUGAGAAAAUUCACAAUGAGAGGAAACCCUAUGAAUGUAAGGAAUGUGGAAAGACCUUUCUUCAUGGCUCAGAGUUUAAUCGACAUCAGAAAAUUCAUACUGGUGAGAGAAACUAUGAAUGUAAGCAAUGUGGGAAGACCUUUUUUCGUGGCUCAGAACUUAACAUCAGAAAAUCCAUGCUGGAAAAAGAUCAUAUGAAUGUGAAGAAUGUGGAAAAGCCUUUCUCUGGGGUUCACAACUUACACGACAUCAGAGAAUACAUACUGGUGUGGAACCUUAUGUAUGUAAAGAAUGUGGGAAAUCUUUUAUCUGGGGUUAACAGCUUACACGACAUAGGAAAAUUCAUACUGAUGCAGAACCCUAUAAAUGUAAGGAAAGCAGCCAGAUCUUUAGUCACCAUUCAUAUUUUAAUGGUGAGACUCUCUAUCAAUGGAAAGAUUAUGGGAACACCAUUAGUCACGACUCAGACUUUGCUCAAUACCAGAAUAUUUAUGCUUUUAAGAAAUCAUAUGAAUAUAAAGAUUUUGAGAUGGCAUUUUC